AUGGACGACACCGCUUCUACCACACGCAAAACAAGUACCAUUAGCUCACCAAAUUACUCCGCAGCUUCACCUUCUUUCUACGAAGGCAGUACCACCCCGCCGCCCCUCACAGGCCAUCCACCUGGCUUGAACAGAAUGGCAACGGUAGGAAAUGUACCUCAAUCUGGAGCUGGAGGGAAAUCAGAAGCAUUUGAUAUUGUCAAAACAUAUCACAGACUCCUCGCAGAAGAUCCCGAACUCACAAUGCCUGUGGCCGCAAUUGAAGCCCUCAUCGAGCUCCUCGUUCAAUCCCGCGCCGUUACCGUAUUCGAAACUCUUGACCUGGUGAAAACACAAUCCGACUACCUCAAAUCGCGGAUCCCAAAUUCGAUAUCUCUGUCCGCCGGUACAGACUUGUUUCAGCGAUACAUGAUAUCCUCAUUAAAUCCAAGAAGUACGGGAAAUUUCGACGCCGUAAGACAACAUCUACUUAGCAAUGGUCGAUUGUUUGUCAGUCGGGCCAAGGCAGGAAGGGAACGGAUCGCGAAUUAUGGACGUCACUUUGUGAGAGAUGGCAGCGUGGUUCUCACUCACGGUGGAUCAAGAGUUGUCGGCGCCUUGUUGAGCAAGGCCGCAGACGCGAGCGCCAGUGGAGGAAAUGUUCGAUUCAAUGUCAUCUAUGUCAUGAAUGAUGCGCGCAAUUCGGAAAGCAAAGCCGUAGUAUCAGCGUUACGAGCAAAGGGUGUUCCAGUUGCUACGAUACCGGAGGGAGCUGUAGGGUACGCAAUGGGGAAGGUCGAUCUGGUCAUGGUGGGUGCUGAGGGAGUAGUGGAAAAUGGUGGCAUAAUUUCGAGGCUCGGUACAUAUCAGAUUGGACUUUUGGCGAAAGCGGCGGACAAGCCAUUUUACGUCGCAGCAGAGAGCCACAAAUUUGUUCGAUUAUAUCCAUUGGAUCAAUUUGACCUUGGUUUCGAUCAAGAGGUUAUCAAAUUCACAACAGAGGAUGAGGGAGAAGCCGACGAGUAUGGUGUCAAGACUCCCAGAGUGGUGGAGAGGCCGGAAUAUUUUGGAGCCCCUGAUGUACCUGAAACUCCUAUCGAGGCUGUCGAUUAUACGCCACCUGGUUUGGUCACGGCUUUGAUAACCGAAGGGGGAGUUCUCACCCCAAGUGCAGUCAGUGAGGAAUUGAUCAACGUAUGGUGGUAA